AUGCAUGGAUUAUUCUUAACAAACUAUGUGAUUUUUUUGUUAAAAGACACAAUUGAUGAAAGAAUUAUUGAUAAUGGUGGUGAUGAUGAUAUUAGAUCAUCGGCCAUCCAGAAAUCAUCAAGUGCUACAAUUUCAACCCCAAAGUCAAAUCCAAUAUAUUCAGCAGUAUAUUAUGGAGUGCCAGUUUAUGUGAGUUUCUUAGAAAUAUUAACAGGAGAACAUGAAAAAGUACAAGGAGGUUAUGGAAAAUAUCAAGGAACUUGGAUUCCUUUUGAAAAAGGCAAAGAACUUGCUACAAAAUAUGGUGCCCUUGAGAGUUUAUGUUCUAUCCUUGGAUACAUGUCACCAGAAUAUGAUACUCCUUAUUUGUCAUCUCCAUACACUCCAACUAAAGAACAAGCUAUGGCAGCUUUACAUAUUGAAUCAGCAGCAGCAGACAAUUCUUCGUCACCUGAAAUUGGUGAGAGUGAGCAACUCGGGAAUAUUUUAAUGGCAAUAUUUUUGAGUGAGAAACCGGAAUUAAUACAGGAUUUGUUGGUUACUCAAUAUUCAUCUGAACCUGAUAUAAACAUGGUGAUUGACAGUCGUGGGAAUUCUGCAAUACAUUGGGCUGCGUGUUUGGGAAGACUAAAAAUCUUGGAAAUGUUGUUGAAUAGAGGUGCUAAUAUGCAACAAGUGAAUUAUGAUGGGGAGACUGCUUUAAUUAGAUCUGUAUUUGUGACAAAUAAUUAUGAUUCUCAGUCAUUUUCACAAGUGGUAAAACUAUUUCAUGACACAAUCCCAAUUACUGAUAAAGAUAAUUGA